AGACUUUUGUUGGUGGCUUGUUGCUCUUCUCCCCCACUCUCUCUCUCUCUCUCUCUCUCUCUCUACAUUCUCUCACAUCGUCUCUCUCGUACUACACCCAGCAGUAGCCACCGAUCAAAAAGCAGUUCACAGAGAGAGAUGAGAGAGGAAUGAGAAGAUGGAGGGAGCAGAGGAGGAGUUAGAGAGGAGGAGCAAGUUUUUGAACAGUCUGAUACAGAAGAAGAAAUCUACAGAGCAUCAAGAACACCAUGAACGCCUCAACAUUCGUGUUCGAGCCUCUGACAUGCCCGUGGCUCUGCAAAACAGAGCCUUUAGGUGUGCCAGGGACAACCUUGACUCCACGCCUGCAAAGCUUGACAGUAAAAGCCUCGCUCUUGCCCUUAAGAAGGAAUUUGACUCAUCAUAUGGUCCGGCUUGGCACUGCAUCGUAGGGACCAGCUUCGGCUCAUAUGUCACACAUUCUCUGGGAGGCUUCUUGUAUUUUUCAAUUGACAAGGUUUACGUCCUUCUCUUCAAAACUGCAGUCGAGCCUAUGGACCAUUGAUGCUACACGAUGGCUAACUUUAUCUCUGCUGUUUGGAUUCCAAAAUGAUAAAUCUGGAACGAUGAUUUAUUUACAUGUGAAAUUAUUGACAGCAAAGUUGAUAAAGAACAAACAAGAAAAAUUUGCAUCUUUACCUGUUAUUUCUCUUCCCAUUGUACUUGAUGGCACGACAUACAAUUCUUAUUUCAACUCAUUGUUCUUGUAUCAAUUUUCUCAUGCCAUGGACAUGUGGUUGACUUGAGUAUAUGUAUUAACUUAUUUGUGUC